AUGAGUGAAAUAUUGAUCAAAAUUGAUUCCGAUAGAAGUAUUAGUGACGUCUUUCAAGACAACUGCGCUGCACUUGAAGCCAACGGUUUUCAACCAGUUACAACGCAUUCGUUGAAAGACUCCAAAGUUGUCUUUGUAUUGGGAGGUCCAGGCUCGGGAAAGGGCACUCAGUGCAAGCGUAUCGUAGAGAGAUACAAAGUCACUCACUUUUCCGCCGGCGAUCUGCUACGAGCCGAAGUGGCCAGCGGCUCAGAGAAAGGAAAAGAAUUAGAAGAAACGAUGAAGGAGGGCAAACUCGUGCCUCUGGAAGUGACGCUAGGACUCAUAGAAGACGCGAUGAAAAGAAGCGGGGAUUCUCCUAGUUUUCUUAUUGAUGGAUUUCCACGCGAGAUCAACCAGGGACUCGAGUUCGAGAGGCUAAUCACGCCGUGUUGUGUGGUGCUGUCGUACGAAUGCUCAGAGGAGGUGAUGAUGCAGCGGCCGUUGGAGAGAGGGAAGACGAGUGAGAGAGCCGACGACAACGAGGAGACGAUUAAAAAGAGAUUUCAUACGUUUAAAGAAAGCAUGAUGCCCGUGUUGAACUACUAUGAUAAAGAGGGAAAACUCAGAAAGAUAAAUGACGGGCUAUGA